AUGGAAGAAAUUAGGAGAAGAGCGGGAGCUGAUGACAAACCGUUGCGUAUGGUUAAAACCGUUCUGCAUGAGCUUGUUAAGCUUCGUGGGACCGCAAUAAAGGGGCAUCUUUCUAUGGUUCCAAUUGACAUGGAACCUCAACCAAUCAUUCUUGCCUACAUCGAUCUCAAUCUUCAGACUUUGGCUGCGGCAAGAAUGUUGACACCGUCUGGGCCUGUUGGGCAAACUCAUUGGGGUGAUUCAGUUGCCAACAAUUCCUCACCUGCCAAUCAUUCAGCAGAUGCCCAGUUGAAGCAAGAACUUGCAGCAAUAUUUAAGAAAAUUGGUGACAAGCAAACAUGCACCAUUGGUCUAUAUGAACUCUAUCGGAUCACCCAAUUAUAUCCAAAGGUUGAUAUAUUUGCUCAGCUCCAAAAUGCAAGUGAGGCAUUUCGAACAUACAUUAGGGAUGGUCUAGCCCAGAUGGAGAAGAAUGCAGCUGCUGGAAGGACGCCUUCAAGUUUACCUCUGGCAACCCCACCCCCAGCAGCCAUAAACUUUUCUUCCCCAAAAUUUGCGCCUCUGUCACCUGUAAAUACAAAUCCACUAAAUGAUGCAAAAUCCGUAAACUUUAAAGUUGAACCCACAAACUUCAGUUUACCCCCAUCUUAUGCUGAAGAUGAGAGGGUAUCUUCAAGGGGUCCAUUAUCUGAUCAGUCAGAGAUUCGGCACGAUAGAUUUCCAUCCGGAGGUUACUUACACUGCCACCAUUCAUCUUCAGUUUCACUUUUUGUUUAUGUUAUAAUGAAAGAUCCGACUCUGAAAGUUAAUUUCAUAGUUGCAGUUACCAGUGGAACGCUAGAUGCAAUACGUGAGAGGAUGAAGAGUAUCCAGUUAGCAGCGGCUGCUGGGAACCCAGAAUCUGGAAACAGGACAUUAAUACCCAUGAAUGGCAAUGUAGGCCAUGGACUGUCUAAUCAGCUUCCUCAUGGCACAGAACGGGCCAGUACAGAGAAUCCUAUGCAGAGCGGCGUUCUUCCCAUGGAUGAAAAGGCAUUAUCGGGGUUGCAAGCACGGAUGGAAAGGCUCAAAAGUGGGUCAAUUGAACCUUUUUAG